CUAAGAGUAUAUAUCUGUACGAGAGGGCCUCGCAGAGGGUGCUCAGCUAUGACGAAGACUUUCCAGGACUUCCCUGGUGCCGGCUACUUGCGGCUUCGGGGCCUGCCUUUCAGCGCAGGGCCUGCGGAGGUCACUGAGUUCUUCGCGGAGUUCGGAGUGUUGGAGGACAAUGUGAUCCUGGGCACCACCGUGGAUGGACGCUCCAGUGGUGAGGCCUGGGUCCAGUUCGUAGAUACCAGCAGCGCAGAAGAAGCGAAGCGGCAGAAAGAUCGACAGCUGAUUGGUGGAAGAUACAUCGAAAUCUUUGGCUCCAGCCACGAGGACUCCUCCAAGCAAAGCCGUGGAGGCUUUGGAGGUUUUGGAGGAGGAGGUUUUGGAGGCAAAGGCAUGGGGAAGAGCAUGGGUCCCCCUUCUGGAGGACUCUCCCUAGCGCAGAGCGCCUUAAGCGCCAUGGGGAUGACUCCAAUGGCCAAGGAUACAGAAUCCUAUGCCUACGCUGCUGGUGGUGGCUCGGCCUACCUUCGGCUGAGAGGGCUUCCAUUCAGCGCAUCCACUUCGGAUGUGGCCACCUUCUUCGCGGAAUAUGGAGUGUCAGAGGAUCAAGUCAUCCUGGGAUCUGAAGGCGAGGAGUUCGAUCACGUCGUACACCGAACGAAGAGGUUGGAUCCACUUUUUGAAAUUCAAUGCAUACAUGGUCGGGGUAGACCGGAGACAGUAUGCAAGUGUAGCACUUUUGGGAUGUGUCCUUAUUCUGUGUGAUUGAAUUUCAUUGAAGCGUUGACAUGUUUUUGACCAUGAUUGUGAGGUGAGAACUAGUUCCGGUUUCUUUUUGAAGCAGCCUUGUGACAGUUCAGAAUCUUUGCGGGAGGUCAAUCUUGAAAUCUGCCCUCCCAGGGCGACGACUGGUCAACCAUACCUCUGCCAUGACGACCGAACUUCGUGACCCAUACGCUGAUCAUACCCGCUCCGAUUUCAUGAUCUCGACGGAAGCUGAGAGGAAACUAUUGCAUGGUUUCAACAUGUUUCAACUACCUUCCAUAAAUCAAGAAAUUAUAUAUAGAUCCGAUGAUUUGUUUCCAGGUUGCUUGAAUAUCGCUUGAAUAUAGGUUAAAACCAGCCGAACUCAGAGCUUAGAAGGAUGAGCGUCGCUUCUUUGCGACCAGGGAGUUUCUUCUACCACUUCGCUGUUCGCUCGAAAACUAAACCGUUCCUACCAGACCUCAGCUGCAGGGACGAACAGGACCGCCGUGGGUCAGAGCAGCUCUGUGAAUUCCGGGGUCGUCACCUCAUCACGUUUUUCCUCACAAUCCUGGAAAACUGAGCAGCGUUACAUAUCUGAGGGAGUGCAGAGGAGUCGACCGAGCCGUGUUUUGAGCCACUGGACUGGACUCCCUCAGAUUCUUUGUGGAGCGAUGUGUCCUGCAUCCCGUCGUUCGGUUUUGGAGCAAUCAGUUCCACCGAGAGAGCUUGACAGAGGUAUAUUGGUUUUCUCGGCUCGGAAGAAAGACCAGGACUUGAGAGGGAACUCUGAAAAAUGCUUCCAGGACAUAGAUUGGCAUAGAUGUUGGAGGGAUUCAGCUGGUUUCUCCAGCGGGAUCCAUCAAAUAUCUGACCGAUGGUUUGAACCCUGUUCCAUGUUUUACUUUGAAAUGACAGAUUGAAACCACCUGAUCACAUUCUAAGGGAGUGUUUGGAUCUCUCCAAAAACCCUCUCAUUCUUUCACCCCUCCUUUCCCAUGCCCAUGCUGUAUUCACCCAUUCGCUCAGGGGCGACGGGGCGGCCCUCGGGGGAAGCCUGGGUGCAAUUUCCAUCAGAGGCUUUGGCUGCGCAAGCCAAG